AUGGCCUCCGCUGGGCCUGGGCCCUGGGGUCCCCUGGGCACAGUGGCCCGCAUCUCGAGUGCGAUGCUGACCUGGGGCCGUGAGGCGGCCUUGGCCAUCUGCGCCGGGCUUCGGAGAAGCCUCCGGGCUCCGGGCCUCCGCCGGGGUCCCGCCCACAGCCUCCAGGGCUCGCGCGGAGGAACCCGCUUCCCGGGGGCUGCCAGGAGGAGGCGGGAGCGCCCGAUUGGGAGGGGACCAGGGAAGAGAGAGCAGAGGGACCCAAAGCGAGCGCCGGGCCCUGGGGGCGCACCGGGGGUGGGCACGCCGUUCCUGCCUUUCCUCCCGGGGGGUGGGUGCGAGUAUUUUGCCCACCGGAGGGGCCCCGGCCCGCCGUGCUCUAGGCCACCGGCGCCACACCGCUCUCUUCUGGCUGAUCGCGCGGCCUGGGGAGGUGCGGGGGCGUCGCUGACCACCUGCGCGCCUCUACCCACCUCUGAGCCGGGGCUUCGCCGCGGCCCGCGUUCCUCCCGCUGCUCUCCAGCCCCGGCACUGGGGUCUCGCCCGGCCUCGCCCCUGCCGCCUCCGAUCUGUCGCUUGCCGCCCGGCUCCGCACCCCGCCUCCCACUUUCUGAGACCCGGGCUCUCUGGCAGCAGGGUGCCCCCGCCUCCUCCCGUCCACCCCCCGCCCCACACCAGAAGGUCGCGCCAGACUUGUGGGCAGCUGCAACCCCGCCACCAGCUCGGUCCGCAGCCCUGCGGGGGCGAAGAUCGGGGAACCCGCAAGCCCGUCAGAUCUCCCAGCUCCUGGAGGAAAUGGGCCCGGCCCUGCUGAUCACGGCUCAUAAAUACACCAGCAAAGAGCUCCGGUAUCUUGAGGAACCUAACUGAGGGGGCUUUCCACACAUCUGCCGAUCAGAUAGUGAAGAGGACAUCAACCUGACUCCCCAGACUGACCAUCACCCCGGAACCCCCUGUGAGACCACCCGAGGGACAUCACUGCCCCGCACCAGCCCCUCGACGCCUUUCCUUUAAAAGAGGAGCAGGAGUCUGGAGAUCACAGCUCGGUCUGGAGAGAGCCCAGCUCCCUGGAAUGCACGUCCCUUGCUGCACCCCGAGGCGCCACUCUUGAGACAGCCCUGCCCUCUCUGGAAUGUGCCAGCGUCCACUUUCCCAAAGACACCUCUGCGAUGUCUGACUGGCAGAGCCGGAACCCUCUUCCCUGGGUCCGCCAGCAACCCUGCUGGUCCUGAGUCAGUUCCGCCUUCUCCCGGGAACUCCUUGGACCCCUCCCUAGAGCCUCCUCUGCUCCCAUGAGAGAAGGAACAGAGCCCAGGGGAACUGACCACACGUCUCUCCUCCCAUGAUGCUCACUGGGGCUGGAAAUCGGAGAUUAAAGUGGCACACAGCCAGUGUGGGACUCUGUCAGGGACACAUUUUUCCUGCAAAAGCCAAUGGGAGAACAUGGAGCCAGGGGUGCCCAAAGAGGCCCACAGCUCAGGGAUCUCAGAGAAGGGUUCCUAGGGGUCCUGCAUUUAACUGAGCUGGGAAGGGUGCAUGGGAGCUAUGGAAGGUGAUAGAGUGAUGGAAAGUCAGCUCUGGAAGAGAGACUAGCGACAUAGUUCUGUCCCACACUCCCACUUACAGAUGAGGAAUCUGGAAAGCUUUGAAAGCUGACGGUAAGUGGUGUCACCCAAAUGUACCUUGACUGUACCCUCUCCAGUGCUCAUCCUGGGAAGGUCACAGGGAGGAUAACUGCAGGGUGUCCAGGGCUGGCUGCCAGGCCAGCUCUGUGCUGAAGAUCUCAUGUGUAUUGAGCUACUACCUUUCUUCUUGGUAGUAAUCCUGUUAGGCAGGAUAGGAAGGUAGGCCCCGUGUUGCUCUCCUAAGGUUCAGAGAAGUUCAUUGAUUUAACCAAGGACACACAGCUGGGCUGUCCUAGCCGCCACACACCCUUCUCCAUUCUCCAGCACGGCCGACUCCAAGGGUCCUAAGAGGAGAAUACGCCUGGGCUGCAUCCCUGGAUGAGCCGCCCUUCCCUCCGGGCCCUAUCCUCUCUAAAGAGGUCGGAGAGGCCCUUUCCCAGACUGCUGGGGAGGGGAGCCCAGUCUUUCCUCCAAGAUACCAGGUCGUCAAGGAGACAAGAGGCAUAACAUUUCAAAUCUUCAG